AUUAGACAUUACACUUAGUUAAACGUUUAUAAAUGACAAAAAUACUGUGCAUCUGUGCUCCAUCAAUAAAUGGAUGCAAGAAAGGACGUUUCAUUUUAAAAUUCUGAAAGAGAGCAGUGUACCUAUCUCGAUGCUUUUUUUUGCAGUGCAACUUUUGCAUUCGAGUCCUGUGUUGUGCUAAAGUUUGGUACGAGUGAAAUUGGUACCGGUACUGGUUUAAGAACGUGGUUUCUGGUACUAAUUAGUUCAGCAAGUCAAGUUCAUUGUCAGCGUAUUUAUCUUGAUUUAAAGAACUGAAGCUCGAGUAGGCGACGCUAGCAUGCGAGAGCGCGGCGUCACAUGACUGCCCCAUGGCGUCCGACGCGCGCUCUCGAUCGCCGCAAGAUGGCGCGCGAAGAAGGCGUGACUUCAUCAGGUUCCCUGUCCCCGUACGUGACGCUGGGUGCGGUGCGGUACGCCGUCCGCCGCGCACCGCCCCCGCGGGCCUGCCCCUGCCGCUGCUGCUCAGAGGAAGCGGUGGCGGCGUGCCUUGGUCGCGCGAAGCCUGAUCGCCGCACGCUGGAUCGCUUCCAACGCAAUCUGGGCCGCGGCGGGCGCGAAGAGCGGCCCUCCCGCCAAAAACGCUUGCGGGACCUCACCGAGCGCUUACUGCGCGCCCAUACCACACCACUGCAUACACCUUCUCCCCCACCACCACCACCACCGCCUCCACCACAUUCAGCCCCCGUGCUUCCUCCUGUACCACCACCAAGAUCUCGACAUCGUCAUAGUCCUCCGCGAGGUGUCUCCGUUGAUCGCUACGAUGAUUUUGAUGCUAAUAAAAUCACUCUAGUUCGCGUCGAACCUCGUUCGAUAGUGGGAUCUUAUGCACAAAAAACUAUACCAUACAGAAGUGCAUCUUUUUCACAAGGUGAUUUUGCUCCUGAUAAGUAUUACAGAGGCAUCAGUCGACAACAACCUUCAAUUUUUGACUUUGGGAAACGGUCAGCAAGGGCGGAUUCGGAAAGGGCAGGAAUUUCAGCAUCAAUUCGUGAUGCCGAGUCUACAAGUGCAACAGAAGAAAAUGUAACUGAAGGUGGGUCGGUUGCUUCCGUAGACUCUGCUGUUGGAUCCGACGAGGGCUUACUGGCGCACGCCUCUCCAGCGCCGCGAUCGCCUCCACCGGAUGCACCACAUAAGCAGUUGGGAGCGCGGUCGCUUACACAUCCUUUGCCACGACGGGUACCGCCAGUACGAGAAGAGGGCCGAAGCGAAGCUAGUGGCAGUCUUCCUGCGCUUAUGGCACCACGUGUUUUACAUGAACUGCGCGAAGAAAGUGAUGGUUCACAGGCCGAUAGUGCUCAAGCACACAGUGAAGGCACUUCACCACUUGAACCUGCCCAGCCUUUUACUUUUCCACCUCUUCCAGCUCCUCCUCCAAAUGCGUGUGCGAAUAUAGACUGUGAGUGUAUAAACUUUCCAGUUGAACGUGAAGAUUCAGCUAGCGCGAUUGCCAGUUCUAUUCCUGUGCCUGUAUAUGAGUGUAUUGUGAAACAGUGGUCGCAAGAGUUACCGCAGGAGGAAACGCAAAGAUCGGAUGCUGCAUCAGAUGGGUCAUUAGAUCGUGACAAAGAAGACGAAACGAUUACGAGUGAACAAGUAGCCAAUUUGUUAGCUGCUGUGAAAGAUAGGGAUCUCACACCUGCACCAGCCCCUUUAAGCGCCAGAGAGCGACGCAAGCCAUUAGACAAAAGUAAGAGAAGAAAAGGAAUUUAUAUAACUACUGCUAGUGAUGACGGAGGGGAAGAGGAAACAACACCUACUAUUAAUGGUUGUAAGCGUGAAAAUAGUGACGCUUCUCUUCAGGAAAUGCGCCUGUCAGCUGAAACUAGAACGUCGUCGUUACUAGGUGAUAAAUCUGACGACUCUUGUACAAAUGGUCCACCCAGUCCUUGUGAAGCUCCUAUAAUGAUGUGGCCUCGUUCGGAAGAAUUACGGGCUAGACGAGCUAGAUUCUCACAGCAAAGUUCUGAUGAAAGAGAUGAAGAUUCUUAUCGAGCAAGGCGAAAGUACGGGGUAAUUUCUAGAGGUGAUUCCCCUUCAGAGGCUGAAAGUGAUUCCUGUUCGAGGGAUCGGACUGCUUCGCCAUCUCCUUACAGUCCUUCAGACGUUUCUGAACUUGAGGUUAGACGACAACAAUUUUGUAGAGGACCCUUUGGAAAAACACUUGAAGCACCAGCGAGUAGGUCAGUUGAAGUAGGGAGAAGAAGUUUGUCUGAUGCAACUGUUCCUAGUCGUAAAACAAGUGCUGGUGCUGCAACCGUUGGGACAAGAACAAGGGGUCCAACACAUGUUAGAGCAACAUCUUCACCAUCCAAAUUAGCUGGAGUGAAACCAGGAGCUGAUUUGCUGGCAGAACUUCUUCGAGGCAGCUCAGAAGCUCUUUCCAACUCAUCAACUUUUGACAAUGUUGUACUCACACUGCAUCAGCACAAUGACACCAGAACACACGUGGUGGUGGAGCUUUAUGAAACGGAGAUGUCGUAUGUGGAGGCUCUGGAGAUACUGGUCAAGAAAUAUCUUCAACCAUUGAAAAGUCCUGAAAACGCUGGUCUCCUUGACGCCGUCCUAGUUGACGAGAUAUUCUAUCAAGUACCUGGGAUCCUCAAUGUUCACCAGGUCUUUUUGGAGCAGCUGCGGAGGCGCUUAGAACAAUGGGAUAUACACCAAAAAGUCGGAGACGUUUUCUUGGAAGUGUUUACAAAACCGGCUGUAAUGGACACAUACAUGUCUUUUAUCCACAACUUGAAAAAAGCAAAAGAGACCAUCAAGACCGCUGCAGCUUCUCGCCCUGCAUUUGCGAAGUUUCUGGACGCAAUGGCUCGUGAUCACAAAGGCAAAUUGUCACUGGACCACCUUCUCAUAAAGCCAGUUCAGAAGUUCCCGUACUACAAACUUUUGCUACAGAGGCUUAUUAAACAUACAGACUCAUCACAUCCAGAUCACAAAUUACUCCUCGAGGCUCAAAAGGAAGUGCUUGAAUUAUUAGAACUGAUAAAUUGCACAGAAAGGGAAAGUCUGGAACUCGAACAACAGCAGCAGACAUUAAGAGAUUUGGAACAAAUGAUUGAGGGUUUAUCGAAUCUGACGUCGGCAGAACGCACUUUUUUACGCUAUGAGACAGUUUCGAUGCCCUCAGCUCAGGGAACAAUUAAAGACAGAGCUCUGUUUCUCUUCAACGACACGCUCUUAAUAACAAGUGUUAAGAGGAGGACUGGAACCAUCAAGAAACCCAUUCCAUCAUACCAAACUAAUAUAGCAAGUCAGAUGGAAGGAAAUAAAUAUAAGUUGCUGAUGAAAAUACCUUUGACUGAUCUCGAAAUUGUGAAAGCAAAAGAUGAAAAUCUUAGGCGAAUAAUGCACGAAGUAGAGACGUUGUCAGCAGACGCAAACACAUUGACUCAAAUUUCUGAACAAGUGGCAGCUCUUCACUCACAACAUUCGCAACUUGAAGAAAUGGUGAGGGAGCUGCUGCAUAAUGUAAAUAAGCAGCUAUCUGAAACACAGCACUGUGACACGCAGCUGUGUUACAUGGAGAUCAGCCUGAAUACUCCGAACGGUCCAGAAACAGUAACGAUCAUAUUUCCAAAAACUGAAAAAAGGACCAUUUGGGAGGAGCUUAUAAAUGAAACCAAACAAAAAUUAUGGGUAUACGGUCAAGAGAGGCCAGCGCCAGAGUUUUUGUCCCCAGUGCCGAUACGUAAGACCCGGGCUGGCCUGCAGUUCACUUGUGCUGCACCCACUCUUCCUCCAAUUGGACAAGCUCCUGAUGUUUGGGUGUGCAACAGCGAUGGCUAUGUGGGUCAGGUUUGCGUGCUGACGCUGACCCCCAAGCCUCAGGUGACUUCGUGCAAUGGUGUAUGCAACGCUCGUAUACUUUGUGUUGCUUGCGUGCCACCUGCGCCUGUACUCACUAGACAGCAGACUCUGGAUAUUCCGAGUACCAGUUCGCUGAACAAUGCAAGUUCAGUUAAACCUGAUAUCAGCAUUUCGGAUCCUGAUGAUAGCUGCAAGAACAUCCGACUUGACAGCUCUUCGUCUAGCGAUGACGAGGAUGACGGAUCAUCGGGCAGUGAUAACCAAGAUGCUCAAUUAGAGAGGUGCCAAGAACCGGGAACGGUUCGUCUCCACAGCAGCCUGUAUACUGGACUUGGAAACGCCAAGAAUAUCUCACUCACGCCAAACCACAGCAAAAGCCUGAGCACUCCUCACACUGGGCAAAAUAUUCAAGUGCAUCCUGUGGUAAAAUCCAGUUCAAACCCCGCGGUCGAUAAACAAGCCAUGGGUAUCACGUCUGGAACUCUUUCAUCGCCGACCAGCCGUCAGUCCUCAGAGGAUAGUGGCACCACAGCUAACCAGCCCACUAUGUGGCUCGGAACAGAAGAUGGUUGCAUCCACGUCUACAACUGCUUGGACAACAUCAGGAUCAAGAAGAACAAAGUCAAGUUGCAACAUAACUCGGGUGUUCAUUCCAUUGUGUACGUGGAGGGGAAAGUGUUCGUUGCGCUUGGAAACGGUGAUCUUGUGGUGUACUGUAGAGAUAUAGAUGGAUCGUGGACGGAGCGAUCUACGAUUGCGGUGGGCACGGGCAGCAGCCCGGUGGGCAGCAUGCUCCUUUCCGGCGGUAUGCUGUGGUGCGCCACACAUGCAUCGAUUAAAAUUAUUAACCCGCAUACAUUGCAGGUGGACGAAACAUUCCAAAUAAGUUCUGAGACGAAGCCGAUCAGUCAUAUGGCUGUGGCCGGAGGGUCGAUCUGGCUAUCACUACACAACGCGGCACAGUUGCGUUGUUACAACGCUACCACUCGCGAGCAGUUGGCCGAAAUCAACAUCACUCCGCAAGUCACUAAGAUGCUACACGGAUGCGAUGAUAUAAUUCGUCAGCACAAAGCAGCCUGUCUCCGUGUGACCGCGUUGCUGGCCCAUCGCGACACGUUGUGGGUUGGCACCAGCGCUGGUGUGCUGUUGACCGCGCCCCUUCAUAACUCCCCGAAUCUACGCACUGGUAUUUUCACGGUUCCUCAACUCACUGGUAUCACCUACGGGCACACUGGCCAUGUGAGAUUUUUGACACUUGUCGAAAAUCCGGUGGUAUCGAAACAUUCUGCUAAACCUGCACAGACGACGCUGAAAACUAAAGCCAUGACCCGCCGUUCCACUAACGCAGAGAAAUUGCAAAAGCAAGCCGAAAGUACGCAGAACGAUAAAGAAACGCUGAUAAUCUCCGGUGGAGACGGUUACGAAGAUUUCCGAAGUUCCACAAUGACGGAAGACGCAGGACGGGAGGACGCGACUAAUCACCUUCUUUUAUGGAGAAUAUGAAAUCAGCAUAAGGCCUACAGGGUUACAGCAGCACGUUCCACCGCUUUCCAGAGGAGGGCGAUUUGGAAUAGGAAGGAAGUGAAGCCAAAGCGUAUACACCGCGAUUUUUUAAUUUGGCAUCAUGAGUAUCUGAUUUAAGGUAAAUUCGUUUUUGAUGGUCACCUAAGCUAGAUCAAUUUACAGAUUGUUUGUAGUGGGCCUUAUUAACUUUGAUGCAAAGAUUUUAAGUGUACGUGUUUCGACAGUCAGGUUACAGUGAAUGGGAACAUUUUAUUCGUAUGUGAUUUAGUAUGAAAAAUAAUUUUCGAACGACGCAAAGCCUAAUAUUAAUUUAAUGUUUAAUCGAAUCUGAAUGUUAGCAUUAUUCCAGCUUUCAUAAUAUUACAUAAAAAAGUUAAACUCUCGAUGUUAUGUACUAAUAAAUUGAAGAUAAAAAUAAUCAUUUAAAUUAUCAAGCACCUUACAUGUGUACUACUCAGUGUUGUAGAGUUAUCUGCUCUGAUAUACUCAAAUGUAGAUUUAUUUCCCAAUGUGUAGUAAAUAACCAAAUGCAAUCAAUUUUUUGGUGUGUUUGCUGGAUCGAUGUCCUUAGAUGUCACUACUCUGUACCUUCAAAUCAGUACUGAAUGUCAUCGUGGACACUUUUAAUUGAUAAAUGUUUGGGCUUGAGGUUCUAUUUAUUUUUUCAGCCCCUUUAAGAACCUCGUUUGGCGUCAUCAGAAAAUUUGAGAUUAUUAACUAUAGGACAUUUAAUGUCAGAAUGUUUAACUUCUUAUUGCCAUACGUAAUAUUAUUUUAAAUAAUGUCUGUACUGUAAGUAUAUAAAAAAUUUUCUGCUUAAAAUAAUAAAAAAAUACAGUAUUAUUGAAAUUGUCAUAGUUUAAUAUUCGACCAUCGUUUUGACGGCCUGUUAUAGUGUCUUUUAGAAUUUUUCA